CCAGCAGAUAGCCCAGUUGUAACUGAUUUAGUUGCAGCCAAAGUGGGAGAGGAGGCACACAGACAACCUAAACGUGUCCUUCAUUUUAGUGAUGGCAUUUUGGAGGAAUAUUCUUCUGAUGAAAGUGAAGAUGAAGCUUCUCCUAUCCAAACCAAAGUUGACCCAAGAAUGUUAACUUGGACACCAUGGUGCCUGUACUAUGUAACUAUGGUUGCCCGAAAGUCAUUAUUUGCGGCUGAGCUGUGUGGGGAGAAGCUUGCCUGGUUCUUUGGUAUUACGUCUCCAAAAUAUGGAUAUGCGCUGGAAGAGUAUAAGAGGAUGGAAAAAGAGAUUGAAUCGGAGCGUCUCAGAGACCAGAGACUGUUCGAAGAGUCCCAAGGCUUGUCAUCGAUUGAAAUUCACGUGCGUGAUGGAAAAACACCUGGCAACACAGAUUCUACACACCUGAAGAAUGCCACAGAGAAAUACUGA